ACAUUCUUGAAUGAGGCUCUUUCUGGAGAGAGGCUUUCAUUUCUCUCAGAUUAAUUCCUAGGAAUGGAAUUGCUGGGUCUUACGGCAGGCUUUCAAAACACCGACAGCCUGUUUUUCACUGCCACCUACAAGGUAUGAAGAUUCUAGUUGUUCCAUGCCCUUGCCAACAUUUGCUAUGUUUCAGAGUGUGGUUUCCCACCUUCUGCUGUGGAAACGAUGGAGCAUUUCCAGCAGGGCCGAGGCCGCGGUGACUCCCAUGCCUGACUGCCACAGUCUCCAGCAAAUUGCGGAGGCUGGAAAGUCGAAGUGACGGAAGAAGGGAGUCUCCUGGCUGAGGCCCCAGGACGUGGAGGAGGAAGGCGGCGAUUUCCUAAUUGGUACCCUAUACAUCAGAUGGAUGGUUUCUAGCCUGCUUCCCAACCCCACCUCGGCCGAGUGUUGGGCGGCCCUUCUACAUGAUCCUAUGACUCUUGAUAUGGACGCAGUCCUGUCAGACUUUGUUCGGUCCACGGGGGCAGAACCUGGUCUGGCCAGAGACCUGCUGGAAGGCAAGAACUGGGACCUCACGGCAGCUCUGAGUGACUAUGAGGAGCUCCGACAGGUGCACACAGCCAACCUGCCGCAGGUGUUCAACGAAGGGAGGUGUCCCCGGCCGCCGGCGCGGGAAGCAGCCCAGCCGGGGCACAAGGCGGAGCGGCCCUGCCUGCAGCGGCAGGACGACAUCGCCCAAGAAAAACGGCUUUCCCGGGGGAUUUCCCAUGCCAGCUCAGCCAUUGUCUCCCUGGCCCGAUCACACGUGGCGAGUGAAUGCAACAACGAGCAGUUCCCCCUGGAGAUGCCAAUCUACACAUUCCAGUUGCCAGACCUUAGCGUGUACAGCGAAGACUUCCGGAGCUUCAUCGAACGGGACUUGAUCGAGCAGGCAACAAUGGUAGCUUUGGAGCAGGCAGGUCGCCUGAACUGGUGGUCCACAGUGUGUACAAGCUGUAAGAGGCUUCUUCCUUUGGCCACAACAGGGGAUGGGAACUGCCUUUUACACGCUGCUUCACUGGGAAUGUGGGGCUUCCAUGACCGGGACCUGGUCCUGCGGAAGGCGCUCUACACCAUGAUGAGGACGGGGGCCGAGAGGGAAGCACUGAAGCGGAGGUGGAGGUGGCAGCAGACCCAGCAGAACAAAGAGUCAGGGCUGGUGUACACGGAGGAGGAGUGGGAGCGAGAGUGGACAGAGCUGCUGAAGUUGGCCUCCAGCGAGCCCCGCACGCACUUCAGCAAGAACGGCGGCUCGGGCGGAGGUGUGGACAACUCCAAGGACCCCGUGUAUGAGAGUCUGGAAGAGUUCCAUGUUUUCGUUUUAGCGCAUAUACUAAGAAGACCGAUCGUUGUCGUUGCAGAUACGAUGUUAAGAGACUCAGGUGGAGAAGCGUUCGCACCCAUCCCCUUUGGAGGGAUUUACCUGCCCUUGGAGGUCCCUCCCAACAGAUGCCAUUGCUCACCUCUGGUCCUGGCCUAUGACCAAGCACACUUCUCUGCCCUCGUGUCCAUGGAACAGAGAGAUCAGCAAAGAGAACAAGCUGUGAUCCCCCUGACGGAUUCAGAACACAAGCUGCUGCCUCUGCACUUUGCAGUGGACCCCGGGAAGGACUGGGAGUGGGGCAAGGAUGACAACGACAAUGCGCGGCUGGCCCACCUGAUCCUGUCGCUGGAAGCCAAGCUGAACCUUCUGCAUAGCUACAUGAAUGUGACGUGGAUUCGGAUCCCUUCUGAGACCAGGGCCCCGCUGGCGCAGCCGGAGUCCCCGACGGCCUCAGCGGGGGAGGACGUGCAGUCCUUGGCCGACUCGCUGGACUCGGACCGCGACUCGGUGUGCAGCAACUCCAACAGCAAUAACGGCAAAAACGGCAAGGACAAGGAGAAGGAGAAGCAGCGCAAGGAGAAGGACAAGACCCGGGCGGACUCCGUGGCCAACAAGCUGGGCAGCUUCAGCAAGACGCUAGGCAUCAAGCUGAAGAAGAACAUGGGCGGCCUCGGCGGCCUGGUGCACGGCAAGAUGGGCCGCGCCAACUCGGCCAACGGCAAGAACGGCGACGCGCCCGAGCGGGGCAAGGAGAAGAAGGCCAAGUCACGCAAGGGCAGCAAGGAGGAGUCGGGCGCGUCGGCCAGCACGUCGCCGUCGGAGAAGACCACGCCGUCGCCCACGGACAAGGCGGCGGGCGCGUCGCCGGCCGACAAGAGCGGCGGGCCGCGAGGCGACGCCUGGAAGUACAGCACGGACGUGAAGCUGAGCCUCAACAUCCUGCGCGCCGCCAUGCAGGGCGAGCGCAAGUUCAUCUUCGCCGGCCUGCUGCUCACCAGCCACCGACACCAGUUCCACGAGGAGAUGAUCGGCUACUACCUGACGAGCGCGCAGGAGCGCUUCAGCGCCGAGCAGGAGCAGCGACGCCGAGACGCCGCAGUUGCCGCUGCCGCCGCGGCAGCAGCAGCGGCCGCCGCCAACACCACCACCACCGCCGCCGCCCCCACGGCCAAGCGGCCGCCGCGCCGACCCGACACCGAGGGCGCGCCGGGCUCCGAGCGCGCCUCGCCAGGCCCGCCGGCCGGGCCGCCCACUCAGCUGGUGCUCAAGUUCAAGGAGCGCCCGAGCCCAGCGGCGGGCGCGCGAGCGGCGCGGGCGGCGGCGGCGGGCGGCGCGGCCUCCCCGGUUGCCGGCGGCGGUGGCGCGCGUCGCGGGGCCGCCAGCGGGCCGGUUCCCGGGCGCAGCCCGCCGGCGCCGGGGCGCCAGAGCAUCAUCCACGUGCAGGCGGCGGGUGCGCGGGACGAGGGGUGCGCGCCGACCGUGGGCGCGCUGCGCCCGUGCGCCACGUACCCGCAGCAGAACCGCUCGCUGUCGUCGCAGAGCUACAGCCCGGCGCGCGCCACCGCCGCCGCCACCACCACCGCCCUGCGCACCGUCAAUACGGUCGAGUCGCUGGCGCGCGCCGGGCCAGGGCCGGCGACGGGUACCGAGCCCAAGUCGCAGACCUACACCAAUGGCUUCGGCGCCGCCCGCGACGGCCUGGAGUUCGCCGACGCCGACGCGCCGGCCGCCUGGUCGAACGGUGAGGGCGGCCGCGGGGGCCCGGGCCCGGCGCAGCGCCGCUGCCAGCGGGAGAACUGCGCCUUCUACGGGCGCGCGGAGACCGAGCACUACUGCUCCUACUGCUACCGCGAGGAGCUGCGGCGGCGGCGCGAGCGCGAGGCGCGCGGCCCCCGGCCCUGAGCGCGCCCCCGCCGGGAUGCUUUUUUCCCGUCUGUCGGUGUCUUUUUUUUUCUCCCCCCCCUACUUUCCCAACCCCCCCUAAAUUUUUACUGACCCUGGUCAACUGGACGGCCGUUGACUUCUCUGUCAGUGCUGUGUACGUGUUUGGUCAAACGUUCCUCAUGGUGCCUGAACCUACACUGACGUCACUCAGGUAGCAGACGGAUAGGAAACAAGUCAUACUGUUGGAAGUGGGACGUGCUAGCGUAGCCUCUGCCUCGUACCUGUGGAAACCCAAUAGCCAUUGCAAGAGUAUUUUUGUUCCUCCCUAAGAGAAAUAAAGAAAUGUGCAGCCCUUGGUUUUUAGCAGGGGGUGUUUUACAGUCUCCCCCUCCCCACCCCCUCUGCUUUCCCUGACCUUGGCGACUGGCCUCUUCCCCGGAGAGGGGUCCUGGCGCGCGGGGUUUAGACACCCGCGCGCAGCCUGAGACUGCCGUGACAGCGUCCUCUCCGGGGUCCUUGGAGGAAAGGAGGCGCUUUGGUGAUUACUGUGGCCCCUUAGGAACCCGCGGCUCCAUUUCAUAAGCAAAAAGCUCCUCCCGCAGCCAUCUGGCCCGAGCAACCUUCACACUGCCAUCCCAGCGGCGAGGGUCCGUAAGAAUGGGCACCAUACAACCUACCUCGCAGGGUGUGGGGAAGUGUAGGGGUCGCUCUCGGGGCCGGCCGGGGAGCUCGGGUGACAGCUUGCCAAAGACACCUUGGAGUCACAAAGGCAAGUUUCGUAACUCGCAAAUGAGAAGUUUCCCGUAGACAAAUGAAUAGGACAGCCGUCUCACGUUCCUCGUUAGAAGACGCAUCCACAGUGAACUGAAGCUGGAGAGCCCCCCCCCCCUCCAGGAAGUAUUCGGGGGCCCAAGGAGAGGGACAAGGAAUUGACCGCGGGGUCACUGUGUGUAUGCCCCCACUAGGCUGCUUUGAAAUCCGGCCCGUGCCUCUUUCCAAAGGGAAGGGGCCGGGGGAGCCGAGGGAAGGAAACCUGCUCCCCACCUCCUCGUGCCCGUUUUGUCCAAACGUGGCAUCCUCCCCUGGGGCAGGGAGGGGCCGCUUCGGGUUCCCUCACACAUUGAGCGAGCUGCCUGACACCCCCAAGCAGUCCCUUUUUUGGUGCCUCAUACAUUUCUUGAGGAAAAACAAAAUUAAUGUGUCCUUAGCUUACCCAGUUUUGAGCAGCAAUAUGCAGCUUCUUCCUUCCAAGAUUACCUCUGGCGAAUACCGUUUUGGCCAAGAACACUGAGGAGCUAAAAACCUGCCUCGCUAAAGAUCUUGUUUCCAUGACAUACAGAAAAGAUGGGUGAAAUCCUCACUAACAGAUGAAAUACUUUAAAACCUGUGAGAGCCUUAGAACAGCCUCUAACAAUGGUAAGAAAGAUAGAAAACCUGGCUUUGCUGUGAGGGUAUCAUCAGAAAAUGGCGGGAGGUUGACCAUCUCUUCAUCAGAGCCAGCUUCUCCUUGUCCAGAAAGGAUGCUUUUUUCCCCCUCACAAAGAACAGCAACAGCAAAAAAGGAAAAAAAAGAAAAGAAAAAUGGGGAGGGGAUUUUUUAAACUUGUUUGAAGAAUUAUAAUAAAAGAAUUGAGUAUUUCCUGUGAGUAAUUCCUUUAUUUUUAAAUUACCCCACAGCACGUGGCGUUUUCAGUAAUUUAUUCAAGUUUUGUAUAAGUGGUUCCUGAAAUCAGAAUUAUUUAUCAAGUAGAAUCUUUAAGAAGUAUUCUGAAAGGUUUGCUUUUUGUGCUGAAUGAUACUUAAAGUAUGGUAUUUAGUAACAUUGAUGUCCCUCUUGUUUCUUUUAUUAGAAAAAAAUGCAGGUUUUUGAGUUUUUUGUUGUUUUGUUUUGGUUUGGGUUUGGGUUUGGGUUGUUUAAAUCUCUUGUCGAGAGGAUGUGUUUGUCCAGCUCUUUGGAACUGGUUCUCCAUGUCAUGCCAAGCAACUGCUUUGCUACCCAAAGCUGUUGGGGUCACAGAAAGUGUCACUUUGACUGUAGCCACCAGCUCCUCCUCGUGCCCCAUACUCAGAGGAUUCAGACAGCCACCCUUAAAUACUUAAAUGUGAUUUCAGAAACCAAACUCAUACACACAAGAAGUCAAGUUCAUGUUUCUUUAAAAAAUGUUUCCCAGUUUAACAGCCAACCUGAAAUUUCCAAAACUGGCUAUGCAAAUAUUUCAAUUUUCUCUUGUGUUCCGCCACAUUUUUAAAAAAAAGGCAAACCAAAAAUAAAAAAUUGGAUCCGUUGUCAUAGAGGAAAAUCUUCCAAACCAGGCAGAGUAAUACCUGUGGGUUAUCAAAAAACAGUGACCUGUCUUGUGUCCUUGAAUUUCACAGUAAACUCCCCACCCCCAUCUGAUGUGCUAUGAAUAAGAUCUGAGGUGCAGCAAUGACCACACCUUCACCUCCUCUCACCAUGUGAAAGCCACGUGUAUUGAGUAUAUUCUGUUUUUAGAUUUUAUGCUUACGAUUUUUCAGCUCCAGCACGAGGCAGGCUAAAAGUGCCAGCCGCCUGCCGAUGCAACACAUUGUGACUCAGUCCACACACUUAAGAGUACCUCUUUCCUUUUGUGAGGGAGUUGAUCCAUCUUUCCACUAAACAGUAUUUAAAAAAAAAAAAAAAGUCAGAGAGCCUGUUGUCUUACUAAAUUUAUUAGUAC